CGACUGCGGGGCGGGGUAGCUCAGGCCCGGGGAGACGAUUACCGAGCAGAGAUUCUCCUCGAUGCAGGGGCUUCACCCUAGGUAGGAAGCCAGGCGUACAGAUGAAUUCCACUUGAAGGGAUAUUUAUAAACAAAAUGGGUGCACAAACUCAUGGAGUUAUAAAGAAAAGGUAUUAUGAAGACAGGGAAAUGGGAGGAGAGACCCAGAAGGCUAACAAAAAAAGGAAGAUGGAGGAAAGUGACAUUUGCCCAAAUCAUCAGGAAAUUAAAAUAUCCAGUAAAGUGAAGAAACCCCAUUUGUCCACUCAAAUAUUUGAAGAAGGCCAAAUCGGCUAUGAGCAACUAUAUGAACUCCUCAGGUAUGCCACACUGGGAAGACAUCACAACGUCACUCAGCCCAGUUGGUGUCGUAUCCACCACCAAAGGCAUGUGGCUGGUGUCCUGGUGGUAGUUUUGCACCACGUGGAUCAGCUCCAUUUCUACCGGUACUACCUGCAGUUCAAACAUCUCCGAAAGACAUUCAGACACCGUUUCUCCCUGCCCUCCAUCUCUGAUGACAUUAUAGAAAAAAUUUGUGGAGCGGGCAUAAAUGACCGUCAACAGCUCAGCAGGGAAGAGAUGGAUGAUGAUCCCAUAAUUCAGAAAUAUGCAGAAAAGGGCUGCAGUCUCUCAAGUUACAUUUUAACUCCUGAGGAGAUGCAUCUCCAUGAUUAUCCUCUAGAAGAUUAUGGCGACUGCAGCCAUUUUGUUCAUACCCACUGCAAUGGCCCGGUUACAGAUGGCAGCCCCCUCUUUGGACUGGACUGCGAAAUGUGUCUCACUGCUAAGGGGUCAGAACUCACCCGAAUUGCAGUGGUGGAUGCCAACGGUCGGUGUGUUAUGAAUGAGCUUGUCAAGCCCAAAUUGCCAAUAAGAAAUUACCUUACCUGUUACUCUGGCAUCACAGAGAAGCUGCUUCGCCCCGUCCAGACCACCCUCGCCGAAAUCCAGGGCCGAUUAAGGAAUCUACUGCCUUUGGAUGCCAUUUUAGUGGGUCAUUCCUUAAAUGCUGAUCUUCGAGCUCUAGAAGUGAUUCAUCCGAACAUUAUAGACACUUCGCUUCUCUUUGCCAGGAAAGGUGGCAAAAGGUUCAAGCUGAAAUUCUUAGCAGCAGCAGUUUUAGGGAAAGAAAUUCAGUCCAAGGCCCAAAUGGGUCACGAUCCCACAGAAGACGCCCAGUGUGCCCUUGAGCUGGCCCAGUAUUUCAUUGACCAGGGACCCAGGAAAGUUGCAGAGUUGAACCUAGAAGCCAGAUUGUCAGAGCAAAGGAAGAUGGGAGAGGCAGCGAGCUGGGUCAGGGCAAAACAAAAGAACAGGAUCCAGAAAGGGGCACGAAAUCCCAGCCAAGGCCUUUUAGAGAGCUUACAGUCUGUCGGUCAAAAAACAUUGCUUCUGGGAGAACAGAGCGAUGUUCAGAAUCAUAUGGCUUCCCUAAAUAAGCAAGUUCUCCAGAAAGCCCUGGAAGAGAUCCCUAAGUCUUCCUUCAGCGUAAUUCAAUUUGUUUUGGGUUCAAAGCACGUUACAGCUGACCUCCUUGCAGAAUCCAGUUCAAAGAUGAGGGCCAAGUUUUCCGACAUGCUGACCAUCUACGCAGGCCCUUUUACCAAAGACGUUUGUCUGAAGACUGUGAGGAAAGUCUUUAGGAAGUGCGGCCAUGUUCGGUCAAUCCAGCUCAUUUCAGAAACGUUUAAGGCAAGUAGCUGAACAUUUUUGCUGCACUGGGGUGGGUGGUGCAAAUCCCAGAGGGAUCUAGGCUGCUGCAUUUCCCCCCCACACCUCUGGGCAAUUUUCACGUUCCUAAAAUAGGCCCUUGCCUUGAACUGGUAAUUUUGAUGGAAAAACAGAAGGACCCCAUCAGUCACCCAGGAGGAUUUGGGGCAAUUACAUGAUCAAGGAGACGUCCAAGGCUUGGGAAAGCACCAGACCCCUCAUUUAUCUGCUGGGGGCCAUUACAUCUGAACCGAGGUGCCCGUUUUGUCUUUCCCAAAGCCCCAUCUCUGCGUCCAAUAUGAAGUGCUGGAAGCUGUCCAGCUUGCCUUGGAAGAGCUGAACGGAGCAGAAGUUGCAGGAUCUGCCAUCAAGGUUCAGCGGCCUGUCACUGAGACGACCCUCGAUGGUGAGAUGCUGGUGAAAGAGCUGGAAAGGGACCGGGAAAACGAAGGCGUCAUUUACUUGGCCGGGCUGGGGAAACGCCGAGGUGAGAUGGAGCUGCAAGAACAACUGGGCCACCUGAAAGGUUUGCGUUCCAUUUUUUGGCCAAGGGAUCCCCAGACUGGAAGACGGAGGAAUUACUGCUUUCUGAGAUUCCAGCCCCCAGAGAGUGCCUCCAGGGCCCUCCAAACCCUACAAGGGAGCACCUUGCGGAGCAGAAGAGCCCUCACGUCCCCCACCCUCUUCCGAUGGGUCUGCCUCACCAAAGAAGAGGGCAGAGGAGGGGCAGGACUCCAGCAGAAGCAGCAACCCUUCGAUUUGGAACUUGGUUUAAAGAAAGCCAUCAGGACUCUGGACCACAGAGUCAAAACACUCUAUGAGCGGGUUCCAGAUCAUACACUCUGUCUCGUUCUGUUACCAGGCACCAACAGGCUCUCCGGCUCUCCUUGUGGCCUCAGCCUUUUGGGAAUUAAAGGAGAAAAGAACAUUUCCACGUCCUGCUAAAACACAGGGCGCCAAAGCCCCACUUUUGUGAGAAAAUGGCCAUUCUUGCUUGAAUGAGUGUCCGCAAGCUUCUCAAGGCAAUUUUUAAAGUGUUCAAUUAAAAAGUAUCAAAUAAUCUAAAGAA